AUGCCCUCCUCGCCACUCCCGCUCUUCUCUCUCUUCCUCCUCCUCCUCUCCCUCUCCCUCCCCGUCCACUCCCUCCCCUCCGCUACUCCGCCUCAGACGAUGUCGUCCAGCGACGACAAGCGUCGUCUACCGGGUGCGCCGCGCCAGCUCGACGCCUCGUCGUCCGCCGACAGCUCGACCACGACGCCCGCACCCGCACCCGCACCCCUUUCCACCCUCAGCACCACCACUUCCCCCGCCCUCGCGCCCGCAUCGUCUCGCUCGCCGUCGACCACUGCCUCGACUCGCAACCCAGUCCCUCUCCCGCUUCCGGCACCUGCUCCGACUACCCAGCCGACGCCGAGGCUUGCCUUGCCCGCACCUGCGUCGUCGUCGGCGACGCCAAGCGGUAUCGCAGCCGCCAAGGCAGGUUCGCCCGACGAGGCGCCGAAGAAGCAGGCGCUGGACGACUGGUACGGCAAGGCCGCUCCUUCGACGGCAGUCAAGGCGCCUGGUGCGGCUGGGUUCGAAGGCUGGAAGCGCAAGAAGGCAGGACCGAAGCCCGUGCAGAAGCAGAACUUGCACAGCUUCUUCAGCCAGACCGUGUCGAACCUUCAGCCCGCCCAGUCGCCCUCGCCCGCCGCUUCGUCCUCGUCUACGCCCACCGCGACACCUGCAACGGCUCGCCCUACUUCCCAGACCGCACUCGCGUCGUUCAGCUUCACUGCGCCUUCGACGUCGAAAAGCUCACCCCCGAAGUCGCACGCCAGCCCGACUGCCUCGAACACUGCUACGUCUGCUCCUUCGCCCUCGACGAGCGACAAGUCGACCGCGCCCGACGCGAACAGCAGCGCGUCUCGCUCAACCAGCUCGAGGGUGACGGUCGUCGCGAAGAGGAAGAACGAGUCGAGCGGCGUCCAGGCUGUCAGAACCGUUGCUGUUGAGGGCAGAACUGCGAGUAAGGGGAAGGGCAAGGCGAAGCAGGAGGAUGGAGAGAGUGAUGAUGAGGAGAAGGAAGACGAAGUACAGCAGGUCCUUCGCUGGGGACGCUCCACCGACCGCUGGAAAGAGCAACACGACCUCAAGAAGCUGUUCCUCGCGGCGGACGCUGAUGGGUCGCCCGAUGCCUUCUACUCGUUCUGGGACGGUUCUAUCGGCGAGUUCGCUUCAUGGGAGCCGUCGCGCACCAUGACGAGCUUUGACACCUACGUGUCGUCGCCGAAAGACGCCUUGCCCACGCUCGAGGCUAGCGGGACCGGCAAAUCCCUCCUCAAACGCCUCGAGAGCGAGGCCAACAUCUUCCCGAACCUUCACGGCGAGCACCUCAAGCAGAAGUACCUCGAAUCGGUGACCCCCUUCUUCGAGCUGGCGCACCGCCUGAGCAACACGAAGGCGCAGGCGCCGAGGUGGCAUCCCUUGACGCAUCUUUUCGGUGCCUCCGACGCCUCCCUCAAAGCCUUCCUCGACUUGUACUUCGCCUGGAAGGCGCCGCUCGGCGACGAGCUCAUCCUCGCGCAACUCCACCUCGCACACGACCGUCGUCCGCCCUCCUCGCUCCUCAAGAAGCUGCUCAUCUCGUCGGGAGACUCGCGCGUCGCCGCCUUUGGCAUCUACUUCUUCCUCGGCGAAGCAAUCCCACCGCACCUCCUCGCCGUCAACACGCUCCUCCGAUCGAUCUGGCCGCCCGAAUCGAGGCUCGCUGAGGUUACGACGCUGCGUGCGCUCGCCCAAACCAAGGCCGGCGACCCCGCUCGCGACUGGCUCGUGUCGAACCGGCGCGGGACGGACGACAAGGUUGCCGAGUACGACCAGCUCAAGAUGAAGUACGAGGCAGGCGAGAUCCAGUCGGACCUGUUCGAUUACUACGGCUUGUCGCUGUCCUGCACGGAGUUGAGGCCAGGCGAGGCGGGCAUCUUCCACCGGAACUACAUGGAGCUGCGCUGCGACCACUUCGGCGACACUCGCGUCAUGCAACCCUUCUCCGCCUUCACGCGACCCGCCUCAGCCGAGCGCGGGCUCGACAUCUCGGACCGCGUCGUCGCCUUCCCUUCGCUCAUCGUCCCGCCCGACACGCCCCUCUCGCCCGCCCUCUUCACCGCCGUCGUCGUCCACGCUGAGGCUGGCGAGAUCUUCGCCUUCUCCUCUGCGCCGUACGCCCGUCCCGAGGUGCAGGAGCUGCUCACAGCGCAACCCGACCUCACACACCGCAUCCUGCUCCUUCGCCCGUCGCUUGCCGCCCAGAUCGCUCCGCCUACGAGUCUGACGUCCGUCCCUUCGUCGCCUUUCGUCUCCACCAACUCGCAGAUCGGCGGGAAGCACCUCGGCAGUAAGGCGGAUACUCCCGAGGACGCCGUCAUCGAGCGGAUGCACAGGGCUUCCGAGACGCAGCGGAAGGCGGCGGCCGACACGCUGAAGAAGACUGGCGUGCCCCGAGGUGGCGGCCUCCUCAAGUACCAGGCGUUGCAGACGGAGCAGGACAAGGCCGACAACCUGGCGAAGCGGCUCGCGACGAUCCGUGCCCGCGAGCACUUCCACACGCUCCUGCGCGCCCCGCUCGACAAGAUGCUCGCAGGCACACUUAUCCGCCCGAUCAAGCCGACUGGAACGUCCACCCCCUUCCUCACGUACCGGGUCGCGAAGUCGCCGAACGACACCACGAAGAAGGAGCAGCGUAUCACCGUCUCGAGCAAUCCCUUGAAGGAGUGGGGUGCGGACGGUCACUACGGCGUUUCGGUCACCGUCCGACGGGAGUCCGUUCCCGACAGCUACGACUCGAUCAGCUUCCACCGCGUCGACGGGGAGGGCGACUCGGCGACGGUGGGUGAGGUGAUCAAGACGUUCAAGGGCAAGGGUGGCUUGGGCUUCGGCGAGCUGGCCUACUCUCGCCUCUUCGGCAUUCUGCACGCCCAUGUCGACUACGAGGACAGUCUGUCGGCGAUCCAGCGCGCGAAGCGCGAGAUGCUCGUCGAGAGCAGGCGGCGCAGCACCGUCCUCUACAAGCAACGCCUCGCGACCGGCACAGUCCUCCGCUACGCAGGCCCGUCCGCUCCGGACGACAGCACCUCGAACCAGGGUCCGAACAGCGGCGACAAGGCGGACGAGCGCGAAGUCGACGAGACGGACGAGGUCAACUUCGACGAAGCGGGUGAGGAGGCUGCGAUCGACGCGGUCUUCGCACAGGCGCUCCGCGAGGCUGGUCUCGAGGGUGACGACUUCAACGACAUCAUCAAGAAUCUCGAGAAGGGUCAGUCCGACGAGACGCGCGACACCGACCCGGCCACGGAUGCAGAGGUCGACGAUGAAGUUUCGGGAGACGGAGAAGACUCGAGGGGCGCCGGAGGUGAGGAGGACAUGACGGUUUGA